GCUUCCCUUCUCACUAUGGGUUUGUAUAAGACCGAAAGAGGAAAGAACUUUCUGCUGAAGGUUAGAGGGGAAGGAGCUCUGUGUCAUCGUCAGUCCAGAGUAGAUUUUAAAAACAGCAGUGAGAGAAAGACAGGAGAAGGGGGAGCAAGAAUGUCAGAAAAUCUCCUUUACGCUGACUUGAAUUUGACUGAACCAACCAGGCCCAGUCUAUAUAAGGUCACUGACGUCCAAGGUUCUACAUAUGCAGAAGUGAAAGUGCAAUCCCUAGACACGAAUGCUGUAGCUAGCUACACAUCAUCUGGUAAAAGACGUUGCUCCAGAACAUGUGUUGCUGUAUUGGUUGCUGUGGUAAUCCUCCUACUGGUCUUAGUGGUGUGUCUGGUGCUCAUUUACUAUCCAACUGUGAGCAGCCCACAUAACUCAAAAUUAUCCUCCGCCACCGCUGGAGAGGCACUAGGCUGCCCCCACCCCUGGGAAAAAAAUGGGAAAAAAUGCUACUUCUUUUCUCAGGAGUUGAAAAAAAAUGAUUGGAAUGCCUCCCGUAAAGAAUGUACUGACAUGGGUUCAGACCUGGUGAUCAUUGAGAACAAGGAAGAACUGGAUUAUCUUGCUUCACAAUCAACAGGUCACUACUACUUGCUUGGUCUCAAACGCAGUAAGAACGAGAAGUGGAAGUGGAUUAACGAUGUGGAACAUAGCAAAGACAUGUUUAAUAUAGGAGGAGACGUAAAUUAUUGCUGCGCUGUCAUUGGGCAUGGCAAAGUAGAAACUGCAUCUUGCUAUGGAUCCUCAACAACACAAAAUAUGUGUGAAAAAGCUGCAAAUAUUACAGAAAGGCAGGAGAAGUAAAAACAAGAGGUCCAGGCAAGAAUGUCACCCCCAGCUUCCUGUAGGAAUGACAAAUAUGAUUUGUCUUAUUUAUCUUUAGCUGUCUAGUCAAAGGGACUCCUGCAGGCUCCCUCUGGACACCUUGCCAAGGUUAGCACAUCCUUUCCCAAGAUGGGUGUCUGAGACAGAAUGGAUCCCCCUCUAAAAGAGCCUGGAUUUUCACACAUUAAGAGUCUGGAUGACUUACUCAUACCAGAUAACUGACUUUCAGGCAGCCACUGCUAGGUGAUACAAGUCCAGUCUUGGUGAUAGAUGUGAUCAAAACCAGAUCCUAUGUCUCAUAGAUACAUGAAUAUAUACCCAUAUGUUCAAAUCUCUGUGCACAAGGAGACAUUUCAAAGCCUUGCCAUGCACUGGGCAUCCCUGCAGCCACAGUGAAGGUUAACACAUAUUUAUAUUUUGUAGAAAUAUAAAUAGAAAACUGUAGAAAAUUGCAAUCGCUCUCAUUGCCAUGUGUCAUAGAUAGGAUUAACAGGACAAAGUAAAAUGUGUGUGUGUAUAAAUCUUACUCUGUAAAAGAUUGUCUCUGUUAAAAAAGCACACUGAACACCAGACUCUGGAGGGCUAAAAUGUAAUUGACCAAAAGGGAAAUAGUCCUACACCACAGCUCUGUGCAUGAAGUCACCACUAGUCCUGUGCAGGUCAGGGAAAAUAUAUUAGAUUUAGACUUGGCCCUCCUGGGGAAGGGCACAGUAUAAAAAGCAAUAGAGACCACCAAAGGCUGAAAAAGAGAGUGAUAACGAUGGCUCAACUGGACAGCAAAUGGUCAAAUAAAAACCACAGUUACCUGUGAAGAAGCUGGUGAGAAGUAUGAGAGCGACCUACAGAGAAUGACAACCAGCAGACUGUGUUUCUUGGACAACGAUCAAAGAAGAAAAUCAUGCAUGAAGAUUUUCGUCUCCAGAAAAGUUAGAACUAACACCAGAAACAGGUGGCACUGGUAGAGCAGAGAUGUGACCUGCAAACAGUGUAUACUACCAAAGCUCUUCCAAUGUGUUUCAGCAGCUCUUGGGACCUGGGGGCUUUGUGACUCUGAGGAUUAUCAUUCUUACCAUCUCCUCUGAGGCAGAAUAAUUCCUACUUAAAAUGGUGCCAGUCAUGGCUCUCUCCUUCAUCUGCAGGAUGGAGAAAGCUCUGUGGAUUUCUUGAUGAAGUGACAGUGAUGACAUGCUUUCUCAUUCGGGAAAAAAUGAAAGUUUUUGCUUACUCAAACAUCUUAUACUCAAAAUGUUGUGGUCAAGGGAAGAGAAAAUGGAACCAUAUGGGAAAAAUUCUCUCAUUCUGACUUGAAAGCACAUUUUUAUGUCCCUCAAACAAGCAAUACUCCCCACUGGCUCAUUCGUCAAGACUUGAAACAUAUUUGUAGUUCCCUCACUGACUUUUAAUCACCAAGAACAAGGGAAGAAUGUGUAGUUGUAAGAGGAUAACGGCAGUGGCUGAAAUCAGAAUAUAAACUGUUACUUCAGAAAGAAGCUGUGCUGGAGGGGCUGGCUAUCUGUUCAUACUCAGUUUGCUGGAGGGGGUGAGAGAGUGCUCUAUAUGUUGUUACGGAGCACUGCCCUUUUAUUUUCAUAUUCCAGCUGCUGCCCAGUGAUCAGGUGUCCCCUACUGAAGGUGAGGGGCAGGGAAAUGUCUCUUCCCUCAGAGCCGCUGGACCUAGGGGGAGUUUGGAGUCUUCAGCAAGCAGCGGAUCCAAGCAGCUGGGCAUCAGAGAUGACAGCAAAGGGGAAGCUGCCCUAGGGCCACUGUGGAACUACAUGAAGUCCAUCAAACCCAGAAAGCCACAGAAAGUCACAGGGCUCAAGAGCACACACUGCUUACAAGGAAAUCCCUAACAAGGGAGGAAGUUCGACUGAAGGUGGUUUAUUUACUCUGUCUCUGUGCUUUCUUUGUUGAUAAAGUUAUCUUUUUCUGGUUUUGUUAUCUUAGUUUUUAAAUAAACCUUAAGUUUACAGUUUGA